AUCCAAUCCUUAUUUCUUUACUGUUUGCACUAUAUAUCGAUAUUUAGAAGCUUCUGCAGAGAAGCCAUAUCUUCGUCGCCAUUGCCGACAAAGAUGCUGGAAGGAAAAGCUGAGGUGCGGGAAACAGAUAUGCCAGAUGACAUGCAGAGCCAUGCCAUGGAGUUGGCUUACAAGGCUCUUGAUCUCCAUGAAGUUUCUGAUUUCCGAUCCGUUGCUCACUAUAUCAAACAGAAAUUUGAUGAAGCAUAUGGCACUGCCUGGCACUGUGUAGUGGGCAAAAACUUUGGGUCCUGCAUCACACAUUUGAGUGGAAGUUUCAUUUUCUUCCAUGUGGAGACGACGGAGUUCCUCGUGUUCAAGGAUUGCAAAAACUCCACUGAAAGCAGGGAAGAAGGUAUUGGAGUGUUGCAGAUUGAAAGCCCAGAAAGUGAUGCAUAAGAUCAACUACUACCAAGGCAAGCUGGAACUCGGCAAACGCUAGUUGUUUUUCGAUUCUCGAACGAAAUCAAAUCUUAUCGAACUAGUAAGUCCAAAUAACAAUGGUCACUUUCAUGCCACAGCUAUUUUAGUGUUGAGCUACAGCCGGCGGCACGAAUCAUAUGCCUUGCCAGUUGCCAUUCUAUUUGUUUUUUGUUUUUUGUCUUCUCAGUUUAUGGAUUCAGAUACAGGAAAAUUAUUCCAUUCUGGUACCUUAACAAAAAUUUGAUUUAAAAAUUGUUAUGUACCGCGAUUCCUUUUCGUG